AUGGCGCCUCCUACAUCCUCCUCGUCUAAUCCGAGCGGGAGCUAUCUGGAGCAGACUGUCUCGCUCCUGGGCUCCGUGUCCGCAUACAUGCGCCUUCCGGCUCUGGUGUCUACGGGCGCUGCUGCUGUCUUGACAUCCCUCCUUUACUUCAAACAAAAAUCUCUAAUCUAUCCGGCACAUAUGCCCCCAAAUGCCCGGACGGAUAUUCCACGACCACCGGAAUAUGGAAUUAAGGAUUUUGAGGAAUUGACCAUUCCAACACACGAUGGCGAGAAACUGUCAGCCUUCUACAUUCGUGCACGAAAGGGCUCGCGCAACUCGAAUUGCACCGUACUAAUGUUCCACGGCAACGCUGGAAAUAUUGGACACCGGUUACCGAUUGCCCGCAUGCUCAUCAACUACAUUGGCUGUAACGUCUUCAUGCUCGAGUACCGCGGCUAUGGUCUUUCGACAGGGGAUCCUGAUGAAAAGGGCCUCAUGAUCGACGCGCAAACUGCCCUGGAAUACCUACGGGACCGAGCCGAGACAAGUCAACACAAGAUUGUCGUCUACGGGCAGAGCCUGGGAGGGGCCGUGAGCAUCAAGCUCGUUGCCAAGAACCAAAACGCUGGAGACAUUGUCGGCCUUGUUCUCGAGAAUACUUUCCUCUCGAUGCGCUCCCUAAUCCCCUCGGUCAUUCCUCCAGCCAAGUACUUGACAUUGUUGUGCCACCAAGUUUGGCCGAGUGAGACGGUUAUUCCCACCAUUACCGAGGUUCCCAUUUUGUUCCUGAGCGGACAGCAGGACGAGAUUGUGCCUCCUCCUCACAUGCGGAAACUGUAUGAGCUAGCUACAACUCCAACAAAGAUCUGGAAGCCGCUGCCUGCUGGUGACCACAACUCGAGUGUGCUAGAGGAAGGUUAUUUCGAAGCUAUAUCGGACUUUGUCUCCAAUGUCGGCGGGGACGAGAUUCCGGACAAGAGGAGGAGGUGA